UGUUUAUUUGUGUUUGCAUAAGAAACACCUUCCGCAUUGUUUACUAACAAUACAGGAAUGUUCAUAGAAAGCAUGAACCAGCCAAUAACUAAUUGGCUUAAUCUUAACUAUGUGCCGUGUAAAGACAAUUCUAUACCUCGCUGUAUCAUAUACCAACACUACUGCAAUGACUUUAAAGAGAAAGGAAUUGAGCCACUUAACACUGCCAUGUUUGGAAAAGUAAUUAAAAUGGCAUUCCCUUUCAUUCGCAGCAGGCGCCUGGGGAAUAGAGGCAAUUCUAAGUACCAUUACUUUGGAGUGGCUGCUAAGGGAUCAAGCGCUCUUAGCUGCGACAAAGAAACUCAAUCGGAAAAGCUAUUUGUGAAAAAGUAUGGUGAAAUGCAUAGGGCGGCACUUGAGUUUUUUCUGGAUUACAACUAUAUGAAGGGGUACCAGGAAAUGAAGUAUUUCUGGUCUGAAAAUGCAAUGAAUUUUACCAGCAGUCGGUACAUUGAAAGGAUAUGCAGUUUAAUUGAAAGAGAGUUCUUUGGCAUGAUUUUAUCAAAGGUUAUUACAACAGACUCUAUUUUAGACCUAACUAGAGAGCUUCUCCCAGAGAACAUUCUAUUUUUGAAGACAACUGCAAAAACCAUCAACCUUAUGUGUCAGCAAAUGAGCCCUCUCAUAAACAGCCGGGGCAUGCUACUUCGAAUCGAUUGUUACAAGCAGUGCGCAGCUGCUCUUAACAGUAUUGGGAAUAUCCAGAAGUAUCUGAAUGUUCUAAGAGCUAAGUACUCUGUGCGAAAAGAUCUUCAGGAGUGUAGAAACUUUUUGUCUAUAGGCAUGUGUAUAUCGCAUGAAAGUAUUUCUUUAGACAGAAGCAGUACACUUCACAACUGUGCAUCUGCACUUAUUUCUCUUUUUAUUUCUUCCAGCACAUUUGAUGAGUUUUUAGAAGGCGUGGACAGCCACGUCACAGGCAUUCUAUACAGAAAAGAGAAAAUUCCGCAGGACCUGGUUACUCUUUAUUUCUCAGGUAUACAGCAAGAAUGCAUUGUUGCAGGAAUUCCUUGUAUUGAGUUUAUUUCAGUUCUUUUAAACUUCUUCUCAGAGCACUUUACCCUUGUUAAUAGUAGACUAUCAGAGAUUUCUCUGAAAAAGAAAGAAGUUUCUUCGCCUUCUGUUGUCUCAGAUAUUACAACAGAGGAAAAGUCGUUUGUCUCUCAAAUCAUAAAACAAGACUAAUAUAAUCAUUU